AUGUCCGGAAAGCAGACAAUUUUCCUCACCGGUGCGACAGGAUAUAUUGGUGGAUCUGUCCUUUGGCGCCUUGUCAACCACAAGGACGCGAAGAAUUUCAAUUUAAAAGUGCUCACCCGUGAUCCCGCAAAGGCGAAACUCCUCAAAGAGAAGUUUGGCGUCGAAGCAAUUGUUGGAAGUCACUCGGAUACAGACAAGAUUGAAAUACUUGCUAAAGAUACCGACUAUGUCAUUACCACGGCGGACAAAGACGAUCUCAAAGCUGCGAAAGCUAUUUUCCGUGGCAUGAAGAAGUAUUAUGAGAAGAAUGGGAAAGUACCAAUUUAUAUUCAUACUUCGGGGACUGGUGUAAUUGCUGAUAAUGCGGUCGGAAUGUAUGCGUCUGAGAAGAUAUACGAUGAUUCUAAGGUUGAAGAUAUUGAGUCCCUCGAUUCAAAGACACAAUCUGGCCGGGGUGUCGACAUAGAAGUUGCCUCGGCCGACCAAGCAGGUUAUGUCAGGACUUAUAUCAUCCUCCCGUCCACAAUCUACGGCAUAGCAAGGAACGGAUUUACGGAAUUGGGUAUUCAGAACCCGCACUCCAUCCAGGUACCUUUGCUGAUUCGCGCAAGUAUCGAUCGCGGACAGGGAGGUAUGGUCGGUCUGGGCAAGAAUAAGUGGCCAAACGUACACGUUGAUGAUGGUUCGUCAAUUGCUUCAAAUCGUCAUUAUGUGCAUGGAAGUAACGGAUAUUCUGCUAUCCUCAAAUUAGUUGCCGACUUGUACAUUGCCCUGUUCGAUAAGAUCCGUGCGGACGUGAACAGUGUCCCUCACGGACGUGAGGGUUUCUACUUCGGUUCUUCUGGCGAGCACGACUUAUACGAAGUUGGUAAGGCAAUCGCCCAAGCUCUUGUUGAACUUGGACGAGGCAAGAGCCCUGAGCCGACGACGUUCACUAAGGAAGAAAUUGACAAAUAUUUCGGUGGCUCGCUUUUUCUGGGAUCGAACUCUCGUUGUGUUCCCAAUCGCUCUCUCGCGCUCGGUUGGAAGCCUGCACAUACAACGAAAGACUUCCUUGCGUCCAUUAAGCCCGAGAUUGAAGCACUCAUUGCAUCAGGGAGGCACACGUAG